AUGCUGCCUCUCAUCCCAUUCCUGACUACCCCUCUGCUGAAGGUCCCUCUGCUAGCAGGACACGCCAUGUGCACAUACUGGAGUAUGACGCCUCCUAGGGGCGCCGCACCUGCGGUAGAGCAGAAGACCAGAGGGGAGCCUCAGCCGGACUUCAUGUCCACGCGAUUUGCGUGGAUCUUGAAGUACUGCACCUCGGCCACUAAGAUCAUGAUGUGUGGAAUCGCCGCUGCCGAAGUCGCGGUCCUUCUCGCUCAGUACUACCCGGCGUCGGAAUGGAGUCGGGCCGUCUCUCGUUUCCUUCCCAUCCCAGGACCCUCUGCACUACGCAUUAACGUCGCAAGCACGAUAGCGUCUCUCCUUGGAGUAACCGGAGGGCUGAUUCGCAUGUGGUGCUUCCGCACCCUCGGACGGUUCUUCACUUGGGAGAUUACUGUGAGGGAGAAGCAUGAGCUCAUCACCAACGGGCCGUACUCGUUCGUGCGUCAUCCGAGCUACACUGGGAGUACCAUGGUGACAGCAGGGAAUAUUCUGCUGUUGACUACUGGCGGCUCAUACUUUACCGAGGCGGGGUUGUGGGACACUAUCGCGGGGAGAGCGGCAGGGGCGUUGUUCAUCGGGUGGAGGACGCGGGUGAUUUGUCAACUGCUUGGGAGAAUUAGGAGGGAAGAUCGAUUGCUGCAAAAAGAGUUUGGACCUCGAUGGGACGACUGGGCUAGGCGGACACCGUACCGUCUGAUACCGUUGGUUUAUUGA